UUUUCCUUUUGGGUUGGGGCUUUACUUACCUGCUCCCCUUCUAUCCUAUGGUGAGCUAUUCACAUAACACCGUCUUUUGGUGCGUUCUCUUCUGUAAUAGCCUUAUUUUUAUUAUUAUUUUUUCGUUCUACCUCGUCUCUCCGAUUCUCAAACCCUAACCCCCCAAAAAAAUAAGAUAAUAUUCGAGUUUUGCUCCAGUUUAAUGCGUGGAGCGUAUUCUUCUUCUUCCUCUUCUUUUUUUUUUAAGUAUUUAGCUCGGGAAAUUUAAGCUUCGAGGUCGGCAAUGAAGGCCUCGAAGGAGAGUUUUUUGGAGCUACAAAUCGGCACCUCGGCCGAGUCGUUGCAGAAAUCAUUGGGCUCGCAGAGAGAGCUAUUCCAUAGCCAGAUCGAUCAGCUUCAGAGAAUCGUUGUCACUCAAUGCAGACUCACCGGUGCAAAUCCAUUAUCCCAAGAAAUGGCAGCUGGUGCACUUUCAAUAAAAAUUGGCAAGUCUUUGUGUGCAGGAAAAAGACCAAGAGAUUUACUAAACCCCAAGGCUGUCAAGUAUAUGCAGUCUGUUUUUUCUGUUAAAGAUGCAGUUAGUAAGAAGGAGUGUCGCGAGAUCUGUGCUCUAUAUGGUGUCACAGUCACGCAGGUUCGUGAAUUUUUUGCUAGUCAGCGUUCAAGAGUCAGAAGAUUAGUUCGGUUGUCGAGGGAAAAUGCAACGAAAUCUAAUUCAUUUGCAGAACUGAAUGAUGGAGUUCAUGCAAGCUCUGAUCUUUUACUACCUAUUCAACCAGUUCCCUUAAAUACUAUUGGUCCCACCAGUGUAGAAGAAACACCACCUUGCUCAACAAAAGAUGAUGUUCUACCUGGCAUAGAUGACUUAGAUAAGCAAUUUGUUGAGAAUAUUUUUAGUUUGAUGCGGAAAGAAGAAACAUAUUCUGGGCAAGUGAAGCUGAUGGAGUGGAUUUUGCAGAUAAAAAAUUCUGCAGUAUUAUAUUGGUUUUUAAGUAAAGGUGGCAUGAUGAUUUUAGCAACAUGGUUAAGUCAAGCAGCUGAGGAAGAACAAACAAGCAUUUUGUUUGUGAUUUUAAAUGUCCUUUGUCAUUUGCCUCUUCAUAAAGCUCUUCCUGUACAUAUGUCAGCUAUACUGCAAAGUGUUAACAGAUUGCGGUUUUACAGGACAUCAGACAUAUCAAACAGGGCAAGAAUUUUGUUAUCAAAAUGGAGCAAGUUAUUGGCAAAUAGUGAAGCCUUAAAGAAACCGAAUUGCUUAAAAUUUUCUAGUGAUGCACAGCAACAGAUAAUGCUUAAGCAGAGUUUAAGUGAUGUUAUUGGAGAUGAUUCAUGGCAGUCCAGUAUUGAUACUUCUGAAAACCUUCUUGAUAGUUCAGAAAAUGUCAGGAAAUCUGAACCCAUUCAAUCCGUGAAACUUUUGCCAGCAUCUUCAGAUGAUUCAACUAAGAAGCACAUUCUUGGUUUAUCUUCAUCCCAAUUUAGAGAACGCAGAAAAGUUCAGUUGGUGGAACAGCCUGGCCAGAGAGCUGCUGGAAGAAGUCCACAGACUACUCGAGCAGGGCCAUUGAAUCAGGGCAGACCAAUGUCUGCUGAUGAUAUCCAAAAAGCAAAACUUCGAGCACAAUAUAUGCAAAGCAAAUACGUGAAAGCUAAUUCAUCUUGUGAAAAUAAAGCAGCGAAGACUGAAGCGCUUAACAAACCUUCAACUUCUCAGGUCAGCAAUGUGUCUACAGCUUCUAAAGUUCUAGUUCGACCUAGUAUGGAAGAACACAAGAAACCUACGUUAACUCCCCUGAAAGUUCCCAACACACUGGAAGCUUCUCUUGAGUCAAAGCCAAGAACAGAUUUGAAAGAGUCCGCGUGGGAGAAGCGUAGCAGAGUCCAGAACUUGUGGCAGACACCUCCAGAAGUAAAACUCAGUCAGCAAUGGAGGGUCGGUACUGGUGAUAAUAGUAAAGAAGCAGAAUUCCAGAAAAACAGGAACCGCCGUGAGAAGGAAACCUUUUAUCAGACAAACCAGGAGAUACCGUUGAACCCCAAGGAACCAUGGGACCGGGAGAUGGACUACGAUGACAGUUUGACUCCAGAAAUUCCGAUAGAGCAGUUGCCUGAACCUAAUGGGGGCAGCAAUGCAGAGGCUCAUGUUUCUCCUAAGCAUGGUGUGGAUAGUGCUGUAACACAGAUUGUUGCCAGUCAAAGAGCAGUUGGUUCUGUUCCAUUGCCACCUGAUACUUCGCAAAGUGGUAAUGCUAGCACCGCUGAACCAGAUCUAGAGUUGCUUGCUGUGCUACUUAAAAAUCCAGAAUUGGUUUUUGCUUUGACAUCAGGGCAAGCUGCCAACUUAUCGAGUGAGGAAACUGUGAAACUGCUUGAUAUGAUUAAAGCUGGUAACGCUACUAGUAACAAUGGGAUAAAUAGACAAGUGGAAGAGAAGGUCGAAGUUUCUCUUCCAUCCCCAACACCUUCAACCAACCCUGGAACGAGUGGAUGGAGACCGGAAGGAGUCAGGAAUCCAUUUUCACGGGUUCCGUUGCCUAAGAGAGUGGCUGAGAGUCCCCCAGCAGUGGCCACCGCUAAGUCGGUGUUGCCAUCACAUAUGUUGGCGCCUCACAAUCCACCAGUAAUGUCUUCAUAUUCACUGUCCCAAGUAACUAGCAUGGUGCAUGAAAAAUACUCUCCCUUAGGUUCAUCUCUACAUCAACCCCCUUUAACUAGCUCCUCAAUUGUACAUACAAAUUUACCCCCGGCCACUGGACCCAUGUAUAAUUUACAUCCUCAAGAUGUGUCUUCACUACGGCUUGAAUCCGCAACUAACAUCAAACCGCAAGCAUCGAUGUCAAAUAAUAUGUAUAACGUAGAGGAAAGACGACACCAUUCUUUCCCAACCCUAUUGCCGGUAGCACCAUCGCGACUUAUGCUACCGCAUAUGCAUCAGCAGCAGUAUCAACCACAACAACAGCAACAACAUUAUGCCGAGCCCUCCCCUUCUGUGCCUAUGUACUCCAAGCAAAUUGGUAAGUCGAGUAAUGCGCCUGAUUCGUGGAGGCCCCAGCAGAAUUUACCAUCAAAUUACAACCCUAUAGUGAAUCAAAACAAUAGUAACUAUCAUCGUGGCUUAUAUGUGGAGGAAGAUGAGUUUGAGUCAUGGAGUCCAGAUAAUAGUCCAUCUAGAAAUUCUGAGUAUGGUGGGUUGGGAAGAAGUUUUCCCGAACCCAGAAUGGAUUCGGGACGGGGAUACCGGCCUACUGAUCAGUCGAGGGUGAGGAGUUCUCCUGGAUACAGGGAUAGUAAUAGACAUGGAAACAGAAGGUGGCGUGACCAACGGAGACGAUGAUUUUCUCCUCCUGAUAUUUGUACCGGGACUGUUGGGCUGUUUAUCCAUAGUUGUAGAGUGAGCUUUGUUAAUAAUAAAUGGAAUGGUCAGUAAUGUGUCUACAGCUUCUAAAGUUCUAGUUCGACCUAGUAUAGAACACAAGAAACUUAAGAAAACUCACUGAAGGUUCCCAACACGUUGUAAGCUUCUUUUAAGUUAAAGCCAAAAACAGAUUUGAAAGAGUCCGUGUGGGAGAAGUGUAGGAGAGAGUCCAGAACUCGUGGCAGACACCGUCAGGUAGCUGUCUUUUUUGUACUUUGAUUUUGUGACCAUAUCAAUGCAGUGCAAUUAAUAGCUCUUGACAGAAGAAAUAUUUGAAG